CAUUUUUGGUCAAACACAUAUAGUGUUAUUUUAAUCAUAAAUGAAAUCAAAGCACACUAAAGUACCCCCAAAAAAAAUAACAAUAGACAGUAGACAAUAGAUUUUUAGGCAAUAAGCCAAUCACUACGAUAAGUUGUAUUUUAAUACUUCCCUAGGUCCUAGUUAAAAUCACUAGCUACUUUUUUAUCGCCAAUAACACCCGGUGGACCACACAGAUUAUUUUUUUAGGCUAUAUGAAUUACUAAGACACUAUAGGGUUUAAGGUUUGACCAUAAGCUAACAAUAUAAUAUUAUUGUUUUAUACGCGUUGGUUUGGCUAAAUCACCGCAACUGCGACUGUACUUGAACACUACGGAUGAACGAAUGUAUUAAACAUACGAUCCUCGGGUAGUUUCGAGAAUUUCCAAGGAGGUUCGGACUUUGGAGUUUAGAACGUCCACAUCACACCACAGAUUUCUGUAUAGAACCGUCAUCGACAAACGCAGCACACGACGCGACGCGUAGUUCGGGUAACGCACACACAGGCAGCGAUGAACAACAAUUAUCUCUGACAGCUCGCUGUAAGCUGUUGUGGGGGGGGAUUGUGUUUGGUUACCAGAGUAUUUUUCAAGAAGGGCGUAUAUGUACAACCGUAGUACGUGCGUGUUGAUAAACAUACACGUACACGGGAACGGUCCAAUGGAAACCCACCUUCACGCAUUCAAAACGAGAUAAUCACCAGAUCUGUGGAGCCAACUUUGCAAACAUCAUCAUCACGCAUCUUACACACAAAACCUAACAAUUUUUAGGUUAUAUAACACAAGUAUCAUUUGUGAAUUAGUAUAAACCACAUAGAAAUUAAAGUUAUUAAUUUAUCAGUUAUAAUUAUUAAGUGACAGACCUACGCCGACUUGUUUAUUUGUAUCGUGGCCGUUAGGUUUAUUUUGAAUACGUUUUAACUUAAUCUGAAAGCUACAAAAUGUCGCACACCAUAUUGUUGGUCCAACCUGGAAUUGAUCCGGAAACAAGAAUAUGUAUCGAUUACAAUUCUCCUGAAGAAUGCAUAGAUGGAAUUUGUGGGUUCUAUGAAGCAUAUCUGAUGAACUUAAAUCCAACUGUUUCAACUUUUACGUAUGAAAUAACUCAGCUGUUUGAUUUUCUUGACAAUCUAGUAUAUAUUUCAUGUCUUGUGUACCAACCAGAUACCAUGAUGUAUGUCCAAUUCGACAAACAAUGGAUAAAAGUGGAAUUAUUUAUCCAACUCGGAUGUCAAGCUAUUCAGUGUCAAUAAACAUUAUGAAUUUAAUGAAAUGUUUAAUUAUAAUAUUAUGAGGCUGUUUUUUCCAUAAGCAAUGUACAAGUAAUGUAAAUGUUAUUCCUUGGAAUUUGUCAAAUAUUCCAAA